UAAUUCGAGAAAUUAUUUAAUUAUAAUAUAUAUGUAUUAUAUUUGCGCUCAGUAGAGAAAGCUACAGCCCCUAAUUUGCCCAGAAAUGGGACUGAAAAUCUGUUUCCAGUAAAGGCCACUCUGUGUGUUGAUUUGAAAAUCUGUCUAUUAAAUAUUAUAAAUAUAUAAAUUAUUUCUUUUUCAUUUUGAUUUUUUUAUUUUAAUGAAGUCUGCAUUGUUUUUGUUUAAUUAAUGUGUGUUGGUUAGAACUCAAAAGUGUGGUUGGAUUUCUUGAAUGGUUCGCCGGAGGAAACUGUUGGUGUUCUUGAAUUACAGAACAGUAGUUGGGAGGGAUUCUUGUCUUGAAGCAGGUGUUUUGUGUUUGAAUUGAAUUCUUCUGAUUGGAAAAUUAAUGAAUUGAGUUGAUUUUUCGACUGUUGAUUGCCCUUUUCGUUUCCUUUGCGCUCACUUUCCUCUUUGCUUUUUUUCUUGUUUCUCUCUGUGGGUUUUUGGUUACAAAAAAACACUUAUUUUCCCUCUCUCUCUCUCUCUCUCUCUCUCGCCCAUUUUACUUUGUCUCAAAAUCUCGAGAUUGGUGUACAAUAAGAUAAAAACCAGGGACCCCUGUUACAAAAUCAAUUUUUCUCUCUUUCUUGCACCUCCUCUCAUCUUCUCCUUCUUCUUGCUUCUCCUUCUCACCUCACCCUAAAAUUCCAAUCUUGAGAGAGGGAGGAAUAAAAACAAGGCACCCCCAAGGCCCAACAAACCCUCUACCUUGAUGAGUGAGAGAGGAGGCUCUCUGUGAGAAGAGAGCCUGCCUGUUAAUGCAACCACAUCGCCUGCCAAACCCACAAAUUUUCUUCAUAGCCAGCCCUGUCUCUCUCUCCCUCAAUCUGCCAAACUUAUACAUCCUUUCUUGAACAAACACACAUACACAGAUGAUGUCGUCCUUCAACAGCAAGCAGCAGGAACUGGACACGAGCAAGUAUGUCCGGUACACGCCGGAGCAAGUGGAGGCUCUUGAGAGGGUAUAUGCUGAGUGUCCAAAGCCCAGUUCUUUGAGGAGGCAGCAGCUCAUUCGGGAGUAUCCUAUUCUCUCCAACAUUGAGCCUAAGCAAAUCAAAGUCUGGUUUCAGAACCGCAGGUGCCGUGAGAAACAGAGGAAAGAAGCCUCAAGGCUACAGUCGGUUAAUAGGAAGCUGACUGCCAUGAAUAAGCUGCUAAUGGAAGAGAAUGACCGCCUGCAAAAGCAGCUCUCGCAUCUGGUUAAUGAAAAUGGUUAUAUGAAGCAGCAAAUUCACACCGGUAACACGACGACCACUGAUACCAGCAGUGAUUCUGUGGUUAUGAGUGGUCAGCAACAACAGCAAAACCCAACACCUCAGCAUCCACAUAGGGAUGCUAACAGCCCAGCCGGUCUUCUUGCAAUUGCCGAGGAGACCCUGGCAGAGUUCCUUCGAAAGGCUACUGGAACUGCUGUCAACUGGGUCCAGAUGAUUGGGAUGAAGCCUGGUCCGGAUUCUAUAGGCAUCGUCGCUGUUUCCCGCAACUGUAGGGGCAUAGCAGCACGAGCCUGUGGCCUCGUGAGUCUUGAACCCACGAAGGUUGCUGAAAUUCUCAAAGAUCGUCUCUCUUGGUUUCGCGACUGCCGCUGCCUUGAUGUAGUAAGUGCAAUCCCCACUGGAAAUGGAGGGACUAUUGAGCUUGUAUACAUGCAGAUAUAUGCACCGACAACAUUGGCAUCUGCUCGCGACUUUUGGAUGUUGAGAUAUAUUUCUACUUUGGAAGAUGGCAGUUUAGUGAUUUGUGAGAGGUCAUUAACUUCUUCAACGGGUGGCCUGACUGGACCACCUGCAACAUGUUUUGUUAGAGCUGAAAUGCUGCCUAGUGGGUAUCUUAUACGGCCAUGUGAGGGCGGUGGAUCCAUCAUUCACAUAGUCGAUCACAUUGACUAUGAUGCUUGCAGUGUUCCAGAAGUCUUGAGGCCGCUUUACGAGUCAUCCAAGAUACUUGCACAGAAGAUGACUAUGGCCGCUCUGCGUCAUGUGAGACAAAUUGCUCAAGAAACCAAUGGAGAGAUUCAGUAUAGUGGCGGCCGGCAGCCAGUUGUUCUUAGAGCAUUAAGUCAAAGAUUGUGCCGGGGUUUCAAUGAUGCCGUCAAUGGAUUUGCUGAUGAUGGUUGGUCGAUACUGAGCAGCGAUGGGAUGGAAGAUGUGACGAUCGCCAUUAACUCAUCUCCCAGUAAAUGUCUUGGUUCCCAAUAUAAUAGUUUGUCGAUGCUUCCUACAUUUGGGGGAGUCCUCUGUGCACGGGCAUCAAUGCUUCUCCAGAAUGUGCCUCCUGCUUUGCUCGUUCGAUUCCUGAGAGAGCACCGUUCGGAGUGGGCUGAUUAUGGCGUUGACGUGUACUCGGCUGCUUCUCUUAAGGCUAGUCCUUAUGCUGUUCCGUGUGCGAAACCCGGUGGGUUUCCUAGUAGUCAAGUCAUUUUACCUCUGGCGCAGACUGUUGAACACGAGGAGUUCCUCGAGGUGGUUCGUUUAGAGGGACAUGCAUUCUCCCCUGAUGAUAUUGCUUUGUCGAGAGACAUGUACUUAUUACAGUUAUGCAGUGGGAUUGAUGAGGCAACUUCCGGUGCCUGUGCGCAGCUCGUAUUUGCGCCUAUUGAUGAAUCAUUUGGCGAUGAUGCACCUGUUCUGCCGUCUGGCUUCCGCGUCAUUCCAUUGGAACCUAAAUCAGAUGGGCCUGCUGCGACUCGAACGUUGGACUUAGCUUCUGCCUUGGAGGUGGGAUCGGGCGGAGCUCGCGAGGCUGGAGAAGCUGACGCCAGUAAUCAAAAUGUCCGGUCUAUUCUGACUAUCGCGUUCCAGUUCACUUUUGAAAAUCACUAUCGGGACAGUGUUGCUGCUAUGGCACGUCAGUACGUGCGAAGCAUUGUCGGCUCGGUUCAACGUGUUGCCAUGGCUAUAUCACCGUCGAAUCUUGGCUCUCACUUGGCUCCAAAGGCUCAUCCUGGUUCGCCGGAGGCCAUCACGUUGGCACGAUGGAUUUGCAGGAGCUAUAGGGGCCACACGGGCGGAGAACUCUUUCAGACCGAUUCAUCUGUGGGCGACGAUGCUGUUCUGAAGCAACUUUGGCACCAUACCGACGCUAUUAUGUGCUGCUCUGUCAAAAUGAAUGCGUCGGCAGUGUUCACGUUUGCAAACCAGGCUGGGCUCGAUAUGCUGGAGACGACCCUUGUUGCCCUUCAGGACAUAAUGCUCGAGAAAGUGCUGGAUGAAGCUGGCCGGAAAAUACUCCUUUCGGAAUUCUCCAAGAUCAUGCAGCAGGGUUUCACGUAUUUGCCGGCGGGCGUGUGCGUGUCGAGCAUGGGUCGGCCGGUGUCGUACGAGCAAGGCAUUGUGUGGAAAGUUGUGAACGACGAAGAUGCCAACCACUGCCUAGCAUUCAUGUUCAUGAACUGGUCUUUUGUGUAAAGAACUUAUUAGCUAUGGAGUAUUACUAUUAUUGUUAUAAGCCUACUACUGCUACCUUUACUAAGUUAUUUGUUCUCCUCUCCUCUACUAAGUAGCCAGCCGUUAAGACAUUAUAUAUAUGGCUCUACUAAGUUACCUUGGUAAGGAUUUUGAACUCGGCCGGGAGUCAGAUUAUGAUGAACUCUUAUGUUAUCAAGACAUCUAUCUAUCUAGUUGCUACUUUUGUCAA